CAUAAAAACAACAAAAACAACAAAAACCAUCGCGAAAUCCGCGAAAACAGCUACAGCUACAGCUACAACUACAGCCACAACAGCUGCAACAGCCACACCAUCAGCAACAGCCUCUACAACAGUCACAACUACAGCUACAACAGCAGCAGCAGCCACGAAGACAGUUAUGUCAAGGGCACCAAAGGUACCAACGGUCAAGCUCGGCAGUUCUAUGCUGGGCGAAGGUAAAGGCACCAGGCGCAGGGGAGGCUUUCUUGCGAGCCUAUCCGAGGAGGAGGCUGCCCUUUUUAUUGAACACGCCAGAGAAGAUGAGAGGCCAAGCACUAGCAGUGGCGGCGUGGAUCGGGCGCAGCUUCGGUCGGAGGGCACCAAGGGUGCAGAGGCUCUGGCCUCAAAAAACAGGCACCGAUCGCCAAGCAGGAACCGGGGGGCCAGUUGGCGUCGCUCCAGGAGUCGUGACCGCUCCCGGAGCCAUGACCGCUCGGGGAGCCGAGGCCGAUCCGAGGGUCGGCAUCGCUCGAAGAGCAGGCAUCGCUCAGGCAGUGGGCACCGCUCUAGCAGUAGGCACCGCAGGUCUCCUAGUCGAACCUCAUCGCUCGAGUCAGGGUGGCAGCUGCAAGACAGCAAAAAGAGAAGCCGCAGGUGUAGACCGCCUCCACUUCCGCCCUCCGGUCAACCGGGAGCCCUUGACGACCACCAUCGAGCUGGUCUUAGUGGAUCGGGGGUCAAGUGGUAUCUCCGGUACCUGGAGCAGGGGAAGAAGCCGAGCGUAGCCCGCGCAAUGGCGGAAGUAAGGCAAGAGGUCGAGAAAGAGGCACAAGAGAGUGGUAAGACGGCUGCAACCGCUGGUAUGCAGCAGAGAGGUGAACUACCCGCGCCUGCUGAAAAGCAGAGAAGCGGGCAACAGCAUCAGAGACCCGCGCCUGCUGAAAAGCAGAGAAGCGGGCAACAGCAGCAGAGACCCGCGCCUGCUGAAAAGCAGAGAAGCGGGCUACAGCAUCAGAAACCCGCGCCUGCUGAAAAGCAGAGAAGCGGGCAACAGCAGCAGAGACCCGCGCCCGCCAAAUGGCGGAGAAGCGGGGAACCUACAGGUACCACAACAGGCUCAACAACAGCUACUCCAAAACGCACCAGCCUACAGGUCACACCACCUGAGCCACCGUCCCCCAAACGGCCGCGGGGGCUCCCACCCCCUCCAACAGAGUCUAGGGGCUUGGAUGGGUCCGCGGGCCAGGGUCAGCCACAGGAGGGAAUCACUAAGCAGCCUAGCUAUUCAGAUGCUCUUAAAGGCAUCCGGGUGGCUGUACUGCCCUGUGAUUACCCUGCUGCUGCCCUAAGCCCUGAGGACCUGACCAAACUCCAGGACGCCAUCAUGGAUGAGGUCCUUAAAGGGUGGAAGCACGCACUGGUCUUUUGUGGGGUAUUUUUCAGGUCAGGUAUGCUCCUUGUGGACUGCAAGGAUGAGCGGACCGCAGCAUGGCUGGUGGAUAAGGCACCAAACAUUGAGGGAUGGGAGGGGCCCGCGUUAUGUACCAAGAGGGGGGAUGAUAUCCCGCCGGUGCAUAAUAUCUCGGUGUUCUUCCCAAGAUGCGCCGAUAAAUCGGCGGAGUACGUGCUGGGGCUCAUCAAGGCCCAGAAUGAGGACAUCCACACUGCUGCGUGGAAGGUGGUUUCAUGCGGCGCCGAAGAUAACGGUCUCAGGCUCAACCUGGGGAUCGAUGAGGCGUCGUAUGUCAGCAUUAAGAGGGCCGGAUUCACAAUCAACUUCCGGUACAGUUUUGUUACGGUGCGGCCAUGGCGGCAUAAGACGACAGGCAGCAAGGAGUCAGAGUCCCAAGACAUGCAAGUCGACGAGACUACUGACUCCACUGCUGCCCCAGCGACCGAGUCGACCACGGCCCCACUGGGAGAUCAGCUAUCGGAAUUAGCACAGGCACCAGCUCUUGUGAGCGCUCCCGGGCCAAGUGUCACCGACUACAUGCGCACCACACAAGAGCUCCUAGCGGACAUAAGCAGGCUCGAACUCGACAGAGAGGGCGAGGGUGAGGCACGGCUCUCGAACAUCGAGGACGAGCCCCAACUAUGAGCCCAACAGCGCUAACAGUAGCCCAGGUCAACUUGCAUCACGCGGUGGCCGCCUCGGCGAUCAUUGCAAGCAGGUUUGCCACGGAGGACCUGGGAAUCCUACUGAUUCAGGAACCGUGGACCUACAGAGGCCAGGUGAGGGGCCUCAAUCAUAACAACAAUAAGAAUUUCUUACACAGGAUCUGGUAGCGGUCCAAGCUACCUUAAGGGUCAACGGGAAGGAACUGGAGGUGGUCUUGGCUGCAGCCUACUUUCCGGGGGACAACGCCAACGUGCCGCCUCUUGAGGUACAGCAGCUGCUGGAAUUUUGCCGCAGGAAACGACUUCCGGCGAUUCUUGGCUGCGAUGCGAACGCCCACAAUAUAGAGUGGGGCAGCUCGGACACAAACCGUAGGGGUGAGUGCUUAUUAGAAUAUAUUAUCAGUGAAGACCUGUGCAUCCAUAA